UUAGCUCCCAAGCAAGUUUCGCCCGCAGAUGCUCACGUGAUGACGCAGCGGUCACAUGACGCCGUCUGCUCUAGCGUAGCUGCGACUGCGAAACCUCUCCAUUGUCCUUUCUCUACAUAAACUCAACGAAGCGCCGCUAAAAUAACCAGGCUGGGUCCAGACAGUCGCUGCCUGAGGAGGUAGAGGAGAUGGAAGAUGAAGGGUCUUUGUCCCAGCAUGAACUGCCACACAGGGAAGAUCUGUUGGGUCAGGAGAGUUCAACCCAUGUAGAAAACAUGUCUGUGGAUAAGAAAGCAGUGGACAAGCUCACUGAGGGGCUGCUCUCACACUACCUGCCCGAUCUGCAAAACUCGAAGCGAACCCUGCAAGAGCUCACACAAAAUCAGAUAGUUCUGCUAGAUACACUGGAUCAAGAAGUCACAAAGUUCAGAGAGUGCAACACCUUACUGGACCUCAAUUCUUUGUUUACAGAAGCAAAAGUUUACCACCAUAAACUGGUGAACAUACGGAAAGAGAUGAUCAUGCUCCAUGAAAAAACAACAAAACUAAAGAAAAGAGCACUGAAGUUGCAGCAGCAGAAGCAGAAGGAGGUUCUGGAGAAGGAGCAGCAGCGGGAGAAGGAGCUCGAGAGAGAACGGCAGCUUAUAGCCAAACCUGCUAAAAGAACUUAGAGAUGCCCCCCAAAAACAACAUCUGCUGCAUGAAAGGACAACACGGGUUACACUGCAUGUUUUGGGCAAAUUACUAUACAUAUAUUAUAUGCCAGACUAGUGCUAACCAUUUUCCAAAGUGCAAGAUUAAAUCAUUUUAGUCCUAAUACGGAUAAUGAGAACACAACUAAAGAUUUCAUUAAAAAAUAAAAUAAGACUUAUAGCAACGACCAAUUAUACUACAAUUUGAACAUUCUACUGGUAGUUUUGCUGACAUGUAAACAGUAACUUUCUUUUGGAAACAAAAUGGAAAUGUGUAAAACCUUUAACACACUUUUGAAAGUGGUUAGUUUGAUCAUUAGUCUUAUUUGGCUGAAACCUGCAAGUCUCCUGGUUUGGUUGAUUCCUCCUCUGGCAUUGCCAAAAUCACAACAGACCAAAGACUUGGACUGUACCAUCUAAUGCUGGUACAUCCUACUGUCAAUCUCCUAUGCAUUGCUGUUUGCACCUUCCUUGGAGCGGAAAACACAAAUGACUUCCUGACACUGCGGCAGCCGUCUGACAAUGCUCCAAGACAAUAGAGGUGUUUGCUGCCUUUUGUUGAAAUAUAAGUGUUGUUUGUUGGAUUGGUGGAAUGUUUCAAAAUCAGACUUUUCUGCAGUAAAUUUGACUGACUACUUGUGGGGUUCACAGAGUUUAUAUAUAUAUAAAAAAAAACAUACUGAUGCUAAAAAGGACAAAACAUCUUUGAAUUGUUCAAAUAGCUCAUUAAUGUAGCACUAGUUCAGCUGAAUCUCCACAUUUUUUACAAUAAAUGUUUAAAAAAUCA